GAUCCACAUCCCCAAGUCGCCUACUCCACUGUCUCCCUCUCCCCCGAAUCUCCCUCACCCGAGAGAAGGGGAAAGAAAAAAAAUCAAAAAAAUCUCGCCGCCGACCACCGCCACGGCGCCGGCCAUGUCGGUGGACGCCGCCGUCCCGCUCCUCCGGCCGGAGGAGCGGGCCAACCUCCUGCCCCUGCUCGCGGCCGCCGCGCGCCCGCUGGGCGACGUCGUCGCCGACUUCCUCGCGCGCUUCCCCCGCGAGCGCCGCCUCCGCGUCGGCACCACGCUCUGGUUCCUACUAGAGGACAAGAAGAUGCUUCAUCCCACAGGUCGUUUGAUUGCAUUUGCAAUUCUCCAUCAAAGUUAUUCCUCACAGCCAGUAAAUCCAUAUGUUGCUCUGUUAUUAAAUGCAGCUUGUGAUGAAACAUCAGAUAAAUCAGAACGUGCAUUUGUCCAACUUUUGUUGACUUCGGCCAGCGGAAACAAUAACAAUGAGGUGCUGCAACUGUCAGCUGUAGACUACCUAAGUGGGCCCCUUUCUGCAUCUCAGGCCUUGUUGCCACGGGAACAGCUUGAGAAGCAAUGCUGCGGUGAUAGUGUACAACCGCAGCCUCAGGCUAGUAGUUUCAGAAGCGCUACUGUUAGAUGUAUUAUCCCGGAUCCAGAUGUACCUCAAAGCUGCGCCAAUUCUUCGGAGAUGUCAGCGCCUGGAAGCAUAAAAUCUGCUCCUGAUGAUAGAGAUUCUGCUGUUGCUGCUUUACUUCAAGAAAAAUCAUGCGGAAGAUUGGGUCCUCAAUGGAUACGACCGACACCCCCAAGACUUCAUAUACUUGACGGAGAGCUACAGUGGCUGAAUCCAGACAACAAUCAUGAGCUAUUAUGGGAUUAUAGCAUGUGUGCUGACACAAGCCGUGGGGCUGCAAUCCGGGAUCUGAUUGCAAGAGCCUUGAAAGGUCCACUUGCACCUGCCCAACAGGAGCAAGUUGUUAUAGAACUGGCGAAGGACUCAAAGCUAGUGUAUCAUUGCGGGAUGACGCCCCAGAAACUUCCGGACCUUGUGGAGCAUAAUCCACUUAUUGCUGUCGAACUUCUUUCGAAGCUUAUGAACUCUCCUGACAUUGCAGGUUAUUUUGAUGUUCUCGUGCACAUGGAGAUGAGCCUGCAUUCUAUGGAAGUUGUAAACAGACUUACUACUGCCGUGGAACUUCCGACAGGAUUUGUUCAUGAAUACAUCUCAAAUUGCAUCCAAUCAUGUCAAAACAUUAAGGAUAAGUACAUGCAAAACAGAUUGGUGAGACUAGUUUGUGUUUUCCUUCAGAGCCUCAUCCGAAAUCAGAUUAUUAACGUUCAAGAUCUCUUCAUUGAGGUACAAGCAUUCUGCAUUGAGUUCUCACGAAUAAGGGAGGCAGCUGGCUUGUUCCGGUUGCUCAAAUCAUUGGAGUGAAGAUACAAGUUAUAAACUGGCGGUAUCGUUAUCGAAUGUUUUGGAGUCUGGUUCCAGGCAGUUCCCUGACCACUGUGGUGUUCAAGAUCAGACGACGUGUCAUUUUUCUUAUUGCAGAAUACGUGACACCCUCUCUAUGACAAGGCACCCCUGUAAGAGUGGAUAAAAAGGGCCCAAGAGCAGGUUCAGAUAGUAUGAUAUUUGUCGUCGUUCAAUAUUUAGAUCUGUUUGUACUUUGUACACGUUUUCUUUAACGUGACAGAUAAUAGAUGCAUGUUUUGGUCUAUUAUUUGAUGGUGUAAUCAAGACUACCACAAUCUGCUCUUGGGUAGUCCAUGUGUUUUAUUUGGUACACCCUGGACAUUGUUUUGUACAAUUCGUUGCCAUCCCGUGUAGAUCUGUCGGUCCUUUGCAUUGUUUGUUAAGCAAAUUUGAUGGUUAGGUGGACACAGUUUGCAGUGCUUGGCUUCUGGGUCUUUGGGUUUA